UCCAAGCAGCGCCGCGGCUGCACCGCCGAGCCCACCAGCUCCCGCUCGCUCUGUCCGUCCCUGACCCGCCGGCGCGCCGCGAUGCCUUAGGGCCACGUCAGCUGCCCCAGAGGACUCAUUCCUGGUGGCCAGAAGUUACCAAGCAACUCACAUGUGUUUGGCAGGCUCCCUUGGAGUCUCCAGCUCCCAGUGACACUCCUGGAAAUCCAGUCCUCCGACCUACCCGGCUGGCAUCCUCCUCGGCAGCCCACCGAGCCAUGGAGGCCCCGGAGGUCCCCGUGGGCUCACUGAUUGACUUCGAGACAGAGCCUUCUGCCUCCUCACCCAUGGAGGCACUGCCAGCAAAGCUGCAGGAUGGGGACAGCUCCCAGGGUGAUGGCGGGUCAGAGAGCGAGACCACGGAGUCAGCAGAUAGCGAGAACGACAUGGGCGAGUCGCCCUCUCACCCAUCCUGGGACCAGUACCGCCGCUCCUCCUCCAACGAGUCCUUCUCUUCCAACCAGAGCACGGAGUCGGCCAAGGACGAGGAGGCCCUGGAGCUCAGGGAAUUCAUGCGCGGCUACGUGGAGAAGAUCUUCUCCGGAGGGGAGGACUUGGACCAGGAGGAGAAAGCCAAGUUUGGGGAGUACUGCAGCAGUGAAAGUGGAAAAGGCCGGGAGUGGUUUGCUCGAUACGUGAGCGCCCAGCGCUGCAAUUCCAAGUGUGUCUCAGAGCCGACCUUCUACCGCCUCGUGCAGUCCUUUGCGGUGGUCCUGUUCGAGUGUCAUCAGAUGGAUGACUUCGGGCCUGCCAAGAACCUCAUGACCAUGUGCUUCACUUACUACCACAUCGGCAAACCACACCUGCUUCCCUCAGAAUCCAAGGAGAAGCCUGCAGGGAGCAUCGACUCCUACUUGAAGUCCGCCAACAGCUGGUUAGCGGAGAAGAAGGACAUCGCCGAGCGGCUGCUGAAGAACACGGCCAAGACGGAGAACGUCAAGGGCUUCUUCGGGGGGCUGGGACCCCUGGUCAGGAAAAACGAGGAGGAGGAGAGCAAGCCCAAGGACAAGCCGCAGAAGACUGUGACCGUGUGCAGCCCGGAGGAGGAGAGGAAGGGGGAGAAGAUCUACCUGUACACGCACCUGAAGCAGCAGCCCAUCUGGCACACACUGAGGUUCUGGAAUGCGGCCUUUUUCGAUGCUGUCCACUGUGAGAGGAGAAAGCGGUCCCCCACGACCAGAGGGGAUGCUGGAGAGGAGGAGAAGAAGAGGGAGAAGUGGUGCCACAUGACGCAGGAGGAGCGCGACGACAGCCUGCGGUUCAACGAGAACAUCACCUUCGGGCAGCUGGGCACGUUCACUCACAACAUGCUGGCCUUCGGGCUGAACAAGAAGCUGUGCAACGACUUUCUGAAGAAGCAGGCUGUGAUCGGCAACCUGGACGAAGAGCAAUACAAGCUGCUGAGCGACCACAUCGAGCAGAUGGCCGCCGAGUAGGCCACGGGGUCGCCCAGGGCACUCCUCAGGACCGAGGGGCACCGCUCUCCUGGGCCAGCGACUGGCUGUCACCCACCUGAUGACCCUGCAUGACACCGGCAGCACCCAGCGCCGCCCCACGCUGCCCCAGAACUAGCGGUUAGAAGACCCCGGCUGCCCGCCUCCCCUCCCCCUCGCCUGUGUCUACUCCCCCGCUCACGUGCCAAAGUGUCCCUGGACUGUGUGACUACAACGAGGUGACGUCCACCCUCCCAAGUGCCAGGCCGGCGGCAUGGAAUUGAAGGAAGAGGAAGGAGGCGAGGACCAGGGUGGGCACGGGGCGGUGUCUGCCCGCAGCCCCUGCAGGACACGGGGGGUGCGUGGGAACGUACACCGGGCAGCCCUGAGCCGGCCACGGCAGCUGGAAGGCGGUCUGGGGCUCUGCUUCGGGCGUGGGCAGGCCGGACUCCCAGUCGGCUCCUGCUGCGCGGCGCGUGUGGCGGGUGGGCCUCUCAGUGUUGGUCCACGCUGGUGCUGGCUUCUUCCUGGCUCCUCCCGCGUGUGACAGGAACUAGAGUCACGGGAACCUCCAGGAGGUUCUCAUUUGGGGCGGGACAGAGGCCAGCGCAGAGGGCCUGGCCCCGUCGGUGUGGAGCACCCGGAGAGGUCACCGCAGCGGUCAGCCCAGCGCCGAGGAGUCUGCGUCGCCGUCGGAACUGUCCCUGGUCAGCUGGCAGCGCCCUCUCGCUCGCUGGGAGUAGCCUCAGCCGUCCGUCCCAGGAAACAGCACAGGAAAGAGGUUUCUUCAGUGGCUGCAAGACAACCGCCCUUUCUAAAGGCAAACAGUGCUGCCCUUUAUUUCAGAGAAGGGGAAGGUCUGUGUCGGCGUCACACAGCUGGGCACAGGCGGCUCCUGGUGGCGGGGGGGGGGGGGGUGAGGCCCGCUGGCGGAGGGCUCCAGGGUGUCGGGCCCUCCACCCCUGGCAGCCUCGGGAGGCACCUUUCCCUGCUGCAGCCCGGGCCCCAUUGAGCUCUUUCCUGCAGACCCUGCAGGUAACCCCUCCCCCAUCCGGUGCCUGGGAAGCAGGACUCCUCCCUGAGCGUGUACCAGGCACAGCACACCAGCCAAGCGCACUGAAGUCGGCCAGCAAGCGUCCGGCAUGCUGGCUCCUCCCGUGGGAAUUUCUCAGCCUCGUUCCCUGUGCCGCCCGCCCAUCACUCGUGGGCACUGACCUUCAGAUGGGCUCAUGGGGCUGUCUGUCCUCCGUCCUGUUUUCCCUGCUACCUCCUCCAGCCUGAAGCCGCAGCACAUUACUGUCUCCUCUCGAGCACAGCGGAUACAUGCACGGUGGUCACUUAUCCAGCCAGUGCUCGGACGGGCACUGAUGGAAUGCCUCCCUGGAAGGUUCCAGAGAGGAGCAGGUGUUGGCAGAGCCAUUGAACGCACGUCUGGAUAAUCAUGAGAGGCGCCGUGAAACGUGUGGUCUGAGUGUGUGGCGUAAAUGUCGUCAGCCUAAAGAGCUUUGUGUGUGUGUGUGUGUGUGUGUGACCUCAGCCUCUCGGGCGAUGUCACUGAGCAAGCACAGCUGUGCUGCUGGUUUGCCUGCCGUGUGUCUGAAGGUUGUGCAGGCUGGCGUGUCCCGCCCCCAGCCCCAUUUCUGGGCCUCAGUGAUGGCAGUGUCUCUAGGAAUGCAUUUUGGAGGAAUAACAAAAUGGAUGGGUGUGUGGACCCCCCUCCUCCAGUGCCUCCUUCAGGUAACGCAUCCCCAUCAACCAUCCAGCCCUGAGCCCUGGAUGCGCUGCUGUGCCCCCUCCGCACCCCUGUGUAAGAGCAGGGCCUCCCACGGUCUGUCCGAGCCCUGCAGGGCUGCGGGAGGCCCCUCAGCUUGCCGGCGUUGCUUUAGCAGUCAUUUCCUGGCAGUUCGCUGAGAUGCAUUAAGACUUCAAGACGCCCCGAGCGCUUAUCCCUGUGCUCCGAGGUGUUUGUGUGGGAGCUGUGGUUGGCGCUGGUUUCUGGAGGAAGAGGGUGCAUUCGGAGACUUUCCCCGGGAGCUGCGGGGUGGGGCGGGAGCACACGGCCUUCGGGAGGAAAUGCAGCUUUGGCCUCUACGGGCUUUUCCAAACACUUCAAUUCCCAGAUGAUCUGGAGACAUUUUUUAAUCACUAGGCCCCUGGAGAUGGCAGUUGAAGGUGGAAGGAAGGGUUGCUUUGUUUUCCCCUCUCACUCCUGUUCUCAGAGAUCCAGCUCCUCGCAGGGGGGUAAGUCUGACCCUAGAGGUGCUGCCUGCCAGGCUCAGCCCCACCAGGGGGCGCUGGCUGGGACCCUGGGCUGCCUUGGUGUGGCCCGGCGAGGGGGAUGGGAGGCUGCUCUGUCUCCCUUGGCAGCUGCCUUUGGCUGAGCAUUUCACCUCGGACUGCCUCCUGCAGGAGCGGCUCCUUAGAAGGCUGGCAGCUUGCCUCAGUGGUGUUUCCUCUCCUCUCUGUGACGUCGUCUCCUCCCUCCAGGGCCUGGCAGAGCAGAGGAGAAGGGCCUUGGGAGCGAGCAGACCCAGGACGCACUCUCAGAGGCCCCAGCUCAGGAGCUGGCUCACCCUGUGCACACACAGGACGCUUUGGUCAUAGAGCUCUGUCCUCCGUCCUGUUUUCCCUGCUACCUCCUCCUGUAAACUCGAGAGCCCUUGCCUCGGAGCAGGAAGCUUCAGAUGGAGUCCAAGGAGAGAGGUUCCGGUCCCAGCAGGUGCAGUUUCCCAGGCCGGAGCUCUGCCCGCCAUUCGCAGUGCAGCCCAGCUUUUCUGCUGGCUGCCCUCGGGCUGAGGCAUAGUGAGCCAGAGACAUGUAACGCUCGCAAGUGAGACGUUCCCUGCUUGGAAAACGGGGCUGAAAUGCAGCCUUGUAUGUUUUUAAGGUUUAUUAUAAUUUUUGCAAUACUGGUAGGUGUGAAGAGGGGCCACGUUAGUAUUCGGAUUGCUGUGUGUGUGUGUGUGUGUGUGUGUGUGUGUGUGUGUGUGUAACCAAAGGGAGGGAGAGCCAAAUUCUGAUAUUGUAAGUACUUUGUGCAGUGAGAUGAGUAGUCUGAUCUUCCUAUUGCCAACGGAAAGAAAAGUGGGCCAAGAGGCUCUUACAUUACAAAAGGACUGGGAAAGGAGUCCACGUCCUAGUUCUGCACCCAAAUGAAGGCCUGGGUGUUCGGGUUAACCCCGCGAGCCCCGGGGAUGCCAGGCAGAGGCCAGGGCGGGAGUCAGGCACCCCCCGUGGACCCUGCUCUCACCUCUCCACGCCCAGGGAGACCGCGAGAUUCAUGUGGCUACAGGGCAGCAGCUGGAGGUUCGCGCUUUCAUGGACUAUUUUAUGUGGUUAAUUCACCACCCGGCCUCCUGAUGUGAGAAGCACAGCAUUCGGUCUGCACAGGAGUUGGCCCUGGGCUUUGUCUGGCCCGGGUGUUCGUGACCGGAAGUUAGGGCCACAAACUGCAAGCCUGGCCCUCCUGGGCAUUACUGUGCCCCAACCUUUGGCUUUUUAGUUAGGGAGUAGCCAGGUAGACCCAUGGUUAGGUCAGCUUGAUUGCCAAAUUACCCAAAACUUCAGACAGCUAUGCAGCAGGGGGCUGAGUCCUUAGCCCAGAACUGAGGGAGCUUGGGAAUCAGGGAAAGGGCAGGAGGGCUCGAGGCCCAGCCCCAACCUCAGGCGACGGGUGCAGCAAGUCCCGCCCACCACGCCCAGCAGGUCCAAAGGUCUCAUUAAACCAGCGGUUGCCAACCUUUCGGACCUCAUGGACCACCAGUGGUUCUGGGACCACGGGUGGGCGACCGCUGGUCUAGGGCUAAUCUCCUCUCACCUUCCUCAACCGUAGAUGAAACUGCUCAAGGCUUAUUCUUCUCGCCCCUCCCACACCUUCCCAGCCUUUGGUUCUCCCGAACCUUUGCUCUCACCACUCGGCCGGCUCACCCUGCUUUUCUGUAAACCAUUUGUUCCUUUUCGUGGUUCUCGGGGAAGUUGUAUUUGAAGGGCUUUCCGCCCAGCUUCCCGGUGAAGGGAAGUUGUGUGACUAAAGUACCUCUGAUGGACCGGUGUGCGGUGUUCAGGCCCCAGGCAGGGCAGGACUGACUUAGCCACACGGGCCGUGUGUUCCGCACGUCCUUACAUCCGUGUGGCCGGGAGUAGGAGCGUGUUGGUUCUCCAGAGAACAGAUGGAGGGAUCAUUUCCGGGCUGUUCACACCCAGCGGAUACAGCCAAUGCUGAGGCCAAGGCAGGCUCUCGGGGGGCCCCCCUUGGGCUGGGUGUCCCUUGCCCUUUCUGGGCCUGUCCGUCACACUCCUCAGGAGGGAUGGAAGGAGCACCCGGGGCCAGCCUUUGUUCCCUGGUGACCAGGCUGGUGUCCGCCUGUGUCCCCACGUCAGCCAGCUGGUGAGUGGAAACCCAGGAUCCAAGUGGGGCAGUGCUCCCAGUGCCGGGUCUUGGUUGCUGUGGGAAACUUCGUUUUCAGGAGCGAGCCGGAUGGUCGAGGCCUGUCCUUCCUGUCACUUACACACACGGCUCUCUCGGGGCACCUGCCACAGGGGGAGCCCGAUCCUGGCUUGACCUGCAGACUCCAGGCGUUGACAAGGCCAGUCAGACCUGAGCCCCGUAGCCUGGAGCUCCUCUGAGCUGCCCCUGACUGGGGUUUGCACUUUAACCAUAAAGAGGACUCCUGCUAGUAAAUCCCUGUGGCCCUGUGGGUCAGUCCUAGGACGGGGGACUGUGCCUGUCUCCCCUCUGCCCUGGGGGUCAGUCCUAGGUCGGGGGGCUGUGUCUGUCUCCCCUGGGCCCUGGGCCAUGUGCUCGUGAAAGGAGAACGGGACGUGGGAUGUGCAUGGCCAUUCCACACGAGGCCUGAUGGGUGGGGUCCUGUCCUGAAGACAGCAAGGCUUAAGCUCCCCUGCCCAUGAGGUCAUGAGCGAGCCCGGGGCUGUCACUUCCCAGGGACCCCUUAAAGACAAGCCAACAACAUUGGAACACUAGAAAAUGCCAGAAUUUCAAACAACAGACAUGAUCCCCUGAGAACCUGUGAGUGGGUUGGAACAUCGGCCGCCCUUGUGAUACGCUCGGCUUCCAUGGGGGCUUCGGGUGGGGUUUACACGCGCGCAUUCCCCGUUUCCUCUCUCACCCAGUUUGUCUCACCCCUAAGCCUGCGUCUGGACAUCACCUUUGGGAGCUAACGGUGGCGUUGGGGGUGCGGGUCUUUUAUGUGUUGCGGUUGUACAAUGUGUCCCACUGGGUGAUGCUCUGCACACUGUAUUUUAGGUCGAGAGAGUUUCACGGUUGAGGAUCUCAGAACUGUGCUGAAAUGAAGCACUCUUCUUGCUGGGAGGAGAAAGAAUGUCUGUAUAUUGCACCUCGGAUUGUCAGAAGGUGGAAACUGAAAUAAACUAUCAUUGA